CCUCCCAUUGGACUGAUUCAUUAGUUCUUCAUUCUCUCUCUCCCUCUGUCUCCUCGACUCGAGUAAGUCAGGAAAAUUGCAGAGUGACUCAAUUGAUUUCCAGAUCUCUUAACUGUUUUGCAGUUACAUAAAGGAUCGUGCUUUGAAGAUGAGUGGGGUUGGAGAGAAAGUUUCUGGAACGACUAAGACACCAGCAGAUUUCCUCAAAUCGAUCCGCGGGAGACCCGUUGUUGUGAAGCUCAAUUCUGGUGUUGAUUAUCGAGGCGUUCUUGCUUGUCUUGAUGGGUACAUGAAUAUAGCAAUGGAGCAGACAGAGGAGUAUGUAAACGGGCAGCUCAAGAACAAAUACGGUGACGCCUUUAUCCGUGGAAACAACGUUCUUUACAUCAGUACAGUAAAGGGGGCUGUGGCGGACGGAGCUUAGGCCCAUCCUGAUGCAUCAUCAUCAAGAACAGCUGUGGUCAUGUUAAGGCUGCCAUUGGUGUUGUCUUCUUCGACCUCAUUAAAAGAGCUUCUUGUAGUUCACAUGUACCAAGAAUGUUUCUAUUACAGUAGUCGUUUUUCUCUUUGCUAUAAUGAUAUUAUUCACUUUUAGAAGAUGCAGACCGCAGAUACAGAAGGAAAAAUUUUAACCUAUGA